AUCCGAAACUUCUUUCGAUUCAUGUUGAUUUGUCUGCUGUUCUGUUUGCUUCUUCUCUCCCCUUCCCCACCCUCCCAAACACACGGCAACGCAGAACCAACGAGGGAGAGACAUGACUAUAACGACACAGCCACAUCAGCAGAUUCAGCACAAAACACAGGCACCAGAAGCGACACAAGGCAGGAAAGGAAGCAGCCAGCCAUUCGUCUCACUUCAGGCCCGGCGUGCAUGCAAACUAUCAGGCCAGGCACACGAGGAACAUGCGAAAAGGGGCCGGUCAAUCGAGACACACAGACGGAUGAAAAGAUGCGACAGUCAUCCUUGUCCGCAUGGAUAGCUGCCUUUGCAAUCGUUGGCGGCUUCAGUCAUUUCCGUCGCUGCUCGAGCUCGUCUAAUAUGUCUUCAAUGUUUUCGUCGGCUGCUGGUGCUGGUGCUAUCGCGCUCUCUCCUGUCUUCUCCACAUCGAUGGCCGCUUGACGCUCGCCGUCGUGGGGUGCUGGGGCCUCGUUACCGUCGGCAGGAGGAGUCAAAAUUGCUCCUUCCGUCGGCAAAAUGUUGUCCAGCUUGUCCUCUUUCGACUCGACAGGGGGGCCCCACCAAGUUUUGCCAAUCCCGCAGUCAUAGAUGAGUAAGAUCAGCGUACUGGCUCCAACCGCACACCCAAAAAGAAUGCCUACGCCACCAACCCCGUCGUCUGUCAAUGGAGUUGUCUCUGAGGAGAAAUCGAUCACACGUUUAUCUUCUUUGCAUGCCUGUGGCGAAGAAAAUAAGGGAAGAAAAACAGAAGAAAGAGAAAACGUUUCGUUGCCUUUUUCGUACCUUUUCUUGAGGGUUGAAAGGCAUGAAUUGUCCCAGAAUCUUGUCGAUCUCGCUUUGAAUGACGGCCUCGGCAAUCAUUUGAUUCAUCGCAGCGACCACGGGAGCUUGAUCCUAGAUGUAUGCAGAAUGCACAAUACAGCAUGCGUCAGCGAGAUUUCUGAGCGAGUCCAUGAAAUUACCAUGCCGCUUCUCCAGGGAAUUGCGUACUGAAUGAUGCUGAGAGGAUGGCCGAUUGUUUUGAGGUCGCAGAGUUUUCGGUCCGAUAGCUCCCCUCUGAAGUGUACGUCCGCCCCAACGGACGCAUUGCAGCCCCCUUUUAGAAUCUCUUUCAGGCUCUCCUCUGGGCUGAUACAUAUUGAGUGAGAAUCGAUGAAGCAUGAUAUGAUUAUAAUCUGUCUCCCACCUUCUCACUGGUUUUUUCCCGAUGUCGUUGUAAUGUCUUCCUAGCCAUGCCUCCUCCCAACGCGUCCAGUAGCAGAUGUGUGUAUAUUUUGAAAGACUUGGAUUGGGCGGUCGUAGAUCAUCUAUUGACUUAAAACACACACACACACACACACACACACACACAAAAUUCACCACUCUCUCACCCACUUUUUCGAUCAGCUACCGGUACCGUGAUUCGCCCCUCCCCCUGAGUGGUAAGGAAGGCUGCUAGGUUUGCCGUCCACGCCGCGAGAAUCAUCAGGACAAAGAAGGAGAAGCCCACUUGUAAGAACCGACCUAAUGACAUAUAAAAACAGAAGAAGUGACAUAAGAGAGCAAAGUAUGGCUUUGUGGAGACCAGCCCAAGUCUUCGGUGAAUGGCCUUGGACUUGAGUGAAACUGGUAAUCGUGUGCCAUGAUGAUACUCCGAUUUGCUUCAAAGUCGAAAAUCUGUCGCGAUAUAUAAGCAUGUCUUCUUCUUUCUGCUGUUCAAACCACCACAUGGUGACAGCGAAGAGAACGAGGACGGUAACAAUCAGACCCCAUGCACCACCCGUGAAGGGACCGAAAGGAAGUGCCAUAGCAUUGACAUCCUCAAACCCUGAGUGUUUCGCAACCAACACUCGACCGGCUGGAACCUGUUGAAACGCCUGUAUGUAUGUGAAGAAGACUACAUUCGGCUCUUACGUGGGGAGUCAGAAAGUGCACUCGGUCCAUGUAUUGUGAGUCCAAAAAUACAGACUCCAGCGCACAAUCGUAUUGCGGAGUGGUCGAUGGGUUGAGAUAAUACAGGAUUUGUGUCCAGUGGUCUGCGUCGCUGUCCGUCUGAUUGGCGUCUGGAUCCGCAACUCUUUCGUUGACGGCGUACAGCCUGAAGUUAGCACCGCUUUCGUCAGCAAUCCAUUUCAUCAGCCUAACAAGGAGACAUACAAAGACGAACAAGACAGCACACGUUCUCUUGUUUGUGCUUAAGAAAUUGAAGAAAUGGUGUCACCUGAUGUUGACGCCCUUUAGAUUGUCAGUGACGUCCAUACGCUCGUCAAUACCCAUGGCCUCGAGUGAGCCGAUAAGGCCGGAGACGUCUGUGCGUUCUUCAGGGAUGGUAUAGAAUUUGUUGACCGCGUGGCGCAGCCAAUAUGCCGACCUGGAGUCUCCGCGAAACCACGUGAUAAAGCAGUUGAUGUCUCGGCCUCGGAGGACAGCACGGGGAUCCUCGACGAGGCCAGUAGUGGAGUUGAGGUGGUCAAGGUAGCUGUCAGCUGGGACCCCUGAGGGCCCUGCUUCUGUGGUGCGUUCGGGGCUCGUACUCAGCGUUGUGCUGAGAUCAGGCGUGGACGACGUCGUGGACGUGCUGAGAUCAGGCGUGGACGUGCUGAGAUCAGGGCUCUCAGUGCUGGUGGUCUGGGCGAAAGCAACCCUGAGGAGGGAGCUCAGCAGCAGGAAAUGAAGCGGCGGCAUCUCGGAGUCUGCUCAAAUUGGGGCUGCAGGGGCGCGGACGCUGAGUGUGCCGGAGAAAGGAGAAG